GUUAAGUAUAAGAUGGAACCUCAAAAAUUUUACCUGCGAAUUGUCACUGCCUGUUGUAUUUUUUUCACAACUUUCUCAUUGUAUUUAUUUCCAGUAAUUACUUUAAUUUUUAUUUGUGUAUUAAUUCUUAUUUGGAGUGUAGUUUUGAUCAAGAGAUACCAUAUAUGGAAAAAACAACGCUGUACUCAGUUAAGCCUAACGUUAGGAAAACUCCAGCAGAAAGAUGCCACAAAAAGAACAAGUUCUUCUAGAAUCAGUCAAUCUCCAAGUGGCGAAAAGAGUGAUGAGAAAGAAGGAAGCAGCUUCUCUAAAAAUAUAUUUAACUCUCACCUUUUUGCGCCUUCAUUACAUUUAAAAACAAGAAUAAUUGAACCUUCUUUACGAAGUAGAACUAGUAUUAUUAAUAUUAAUACGAGGCUAGAAAGUAAACCAAAUCUUGUGAAUAGUUCAGUAGGCUUAAGUAUACAUUCUUGUAUUAAUAGUUAUACAACUAGUACUAGUACUAGACAUUUUACUAGUUCCAGCAUAAGUCCUGAUGUAAAAAGUACGCGUAGUUUAACUAGUAGUAGAACAGAACAGAACCCAGUUUCAGCUGAGCUGAUACAAAAUCAAAGUGUUGAUAAACAAAAUUUUAAAACUGUUAACUCAAAAGUUAAUUGUGUUUGGACAAAUUUGAGGCCAGAAAAUCCUGUAAUAUCUCUUGCUGGUCAUUCUAGUCAAACUGAAACUGAAAGGAACAGUUCAGUCUUCUCAGCAAGCCUUUCACAGAUGCCAACAGCUUGGCUAAAACAUUAUAGUAAAUCAGCCAGUCAACCAAUGAAGCCUUUACUUGUGGAUUCAAAAUGCAAACAAGUAAAGAGAAAAUGUGUAAAAAAUGUAGAUAGUUCAUCUGACAAUGAAUUGGGAACACCUAAAACAAUGUACGUUUUGAAAAGGAAUCCUACUGAAACAGCUAUUAAAAGGCGACGCAUAUUUUUGACAAAUCAAAAACGAUAUCCAGUAAAUCAAGAUCACUAUUCUUCAGUUGGUUUGUUUCCAUCUAUACAUUUUCAAAAAAAUCCUCUGGCUUUAUUGGACAGUAGAAAAUCCCCAAUGGCUCAUCGUCCUGUAACGGUAAAGAUUGCUCCUCCUGAUGUUCUGAAGAAUUCUAGCUCUAGAUGGAACUAUUUUUAUGGUGAAUUAUCAAAGAAGUCUCCUCCUAGCCCAUCUCAUUCUAAAAUCAUUAUUGCUGCUUUGCGAGAAAGCAGGAAAAGGUCUUUAAAGGAAAAAGAAAGUGGACAUCCAAAAUGUGAUUUGAAGCGUCAAAAGCAAGACAGUAAAUCUAGUGUUGAAUCGGAUUCAGUCACACACCAUGAAGAAUCUUUGUUUAAUACAUUGUCAGAUGAAUAUAUGGCAACAUCAACUGUGCAGCAUCCAUCUACCUCCAUGAAACGACCUGUAACUCUAGAUGUUAAUGCAACACAGUCUGUUUCAACCUUGAAAAGACAAAAGAACAAUGCUAUCUUUAGCUCUUAUAGUUCUAGUAGGAGCAUAACUCGACAGAAGAUUAAUGAAACCUCAGAAUCUUCAGUGGAGGGAAAACUCCAGGAAGUAUCUAGAAUGAGCUUUACACAACAGAAAAUAAGUGAGAUGGCUGGAAUAGAAACAAGACAAGACAGUUCUCCAAGUUUCCCUAAGGUUCAGAAUGAAGAUGAAGUAGAGGGAUUAAAAAAGAGGAUACAAGAGGAAAGAGCCAGCAUAUCUCUCAUCUGUAGCAGGAAUGAGGAACAAGCUGCAAAGUAUAAACCCUUGGGUUACCUUAAAGCAUCAUCUGCUGUUCAGGUUGCUUCAAUGCCAGAACAUCUUUCUACAUUAGAAGAGCAUGAACGAGAUUCAGAAAUGGAAGAAAAAAGAUUGCAAAAACUUUUGCAAGAUGUUCAGGAUGUUUUUAAAGAAAAAUCUACACAAGACCCAAAGGUGAAGUCCUUGGAUAGUUCAGUACAAGUAUCUCUCAACACAUCUUCAUUGCCUUUUUCUUUAUCACUGGAUUCAUUCACUUCAAGUAGACUCUCCAUGCAGUCCAAAACUCAUAUGCCCAUUGAUGUUACGUUAGCCAUAAAUGAUAGUGAAAAUGUUCCUUCAGUGGAGACUGAGAAGUCAAGUAAUGCAGAAGACACUAAAGCUAAAAUGCUAACAAGUAAGACCUUGUUUCUUCAUAAUGCUGACAGGAAACUAUGUGAUGUAGUGACUAGUGUUCAUGACUCGAUAAACUCUAAUUCAGUUGUGGGUACAAGUUCUUCCACCCCUAGUUCCAGUUCAGUAGUGGCACAGAAUACUUCACUUAUAUGUGUAACUGCAUUUACUAGUUCUGAGAAAGGAGCUAUUCAACUGCAUAACAGUAAUGUAUAUCCUACUACAUCAGUUCUGUCAUCGUCUAUACUAAAUAAUGUUACUUCAAGUUUCACAACUACAAGACCCACAAUUCCUGACUUUGCAGGAGAAUUUCAGUUUGGUUCUUCUGCCCAAUUUUGUAUGAAUACAGGAAUAGUUACAAAUUCUGCUGAAAGCUAUCAGUUUGGUUCUUUGAAACAAAUAACAAAUACUGAUGGAGAUGUGCAAUUUGAUUCUUCUGAACUAUGUAGUGUAACCCCAACAACUACAAGCUCUACUGGAGGAUUUCACCUUGGUUCUUCUGUACCAACUAAUAUUAUCUCAGCAAGUACAAACUCCUCUGGAGGAUUUCACCUUGGUUCUUCUGUACCAACUAAUGUUAUCUCAGCAAGUACAAACUCCUCUGGGGGGUUUCAGUUUGGUUCUUCUGUACCAUCUUGUGUUACCCCAGCAAGUACAAACUCCACUGGGGGGUUUCAGUUUGGUUCUUCUGUACCAUCAUGUGUUACCCCAGCAAGUACAAACCCCACUGGAGGGUUUCAGUUUGGUUCUUCUAUACCAUCAUGUGUUACCCCAGCAAGUACAAACCCCGCUGGAGGGUUUCAGUUUGGUUUUUCUGUACCAUCUAGUGUUACCCCAGUAAGUACAAGUCCCACUGGAGGGUUUCAGUUUGGUUCUUCUGUGCCAUCUAAUAUUACCCCAGCAAGUACAAGCCCCACCGGAGGGUUUCAGUUUGGUUCUUCUGUACCAUCUAGUGUUACCCCAGCAAGUACAAGUCCCACUGGAGGGUUUCAGUUUGGUUCUUCUAUGCCAUCUAAUAUUACCUCAAUAAGCACAAGCUCCACUGGAGGGUUUCAGUUUGGUUCUUCUGUAUCAUCUAUUGGUACCUCAACAACUACAACAUUUGUUGGAGGGUUUCAUUGUAGCUCUUCUGUACCAUCUAGUGUUAUCUCAGCAACAAGAAGAUCUACUGGAGAAUUUCAGUUUUCUUCUAUACCAUACAGUGUUACCCCAACAGCUACAACCUCUGCUGGAAAGUUUCAGUUUGGUUCUUCUAUAUCUCCUAGUGUCACCUCAACAACUACAAACUCUACUGGAGGGUUUCAGUUUGGUUCUUCUAUAUCUCCUAGUGUCACCUCAACAACUACAAACUCUACUGGAGGGUUUCAGUUUGGUUCUUAUGUACCACUUAGUGUUACCACAACAACUAAAAGUUGUGCUGAAGAGUUUCAAUGUGCCUCAUCUUUACCAGCAACUACUAUUUCUGUUGGAAGUUUUAUAUUUGGUUCUGCCAUACCUUCUAACAUUUCCUCAACAAAUACAACACAAGCUGGAGGGUUUCAGCUCAAGUUUGGAAAUGGCUCAAACGCUCCCUCAUUGCAACCUACUUCAGAAGCUGCUUUAGUAGGAAGGUCUAAGUAUGCAUUAGGAACAUCAACAGCCACUUCUGCAAAUAACCAAUCUUCCAGUCAGUUGGGAAAGACAAAUUCAAGUAUGUUUUUAAGCCCAAAUACUUCUCACAACCCAACAAAUGAAAAAACUUGUACUCCUACAUUACAGAAAAUGUUUGAUCAAACCAACCAGAUCCAAGUCCAAGGUAUCUUUGGUACAACUUCGUUUUCAACUGGAGGAUUCAAUAGUGAAACAGGUUCCUCAUUUCAAAAUUCAAGCGCAUUAUUUGGAAUUGAUUCCCAAUCUUCUGCUGGCUCACCUGGACAGAAUCUAGCUUUAGGAGUAGCUAAUCCAAACUCAUGUGGAUCAAGUAACAACACACAACAAACAUACUUUGGAGCUAACAUACAUUGUUUUGAAGAAGUAUUUGGCCAUAGUUCUCAUCAGUCAACUCCAUUCAGUCAGUCAAACUUUCAGCAAGUAAUACCUAGUUCUCUUCAGUAUGAACCAGGAAGUAAGAAUACAUUAAAGUCCACAGAAAUGUUUAAUUUUUCUUCUGUCUCACAAGGAGCAACUUUCAACUUCUCUGCUAAACCAAACCAGAAAUUUAGGGACAUUCCAACUGUUGCCACUUUUGGAAACCAUGGCUCAAGACCUGGAACACCACAAGGUGGAGCUCUGUUCUCUGUUGGAGCCAACUCUAGAAAUGACAGAAGAUUGGCUCGAAGACGUCAACAAAAGAGGUGAAGAUAUACAUGUGACUCAAAAAUUUUAUAAAGUUACAAGUGAAAGAAGCCAUUAGAGAAGUGCAUGAUAGGUUCCUUGAUGAAUGAUAUAAAGUCAAAUUCAAUUAUUAUUAUACUUCAGAGACUGAGUUAUAGAAAAUCUUACUAAUUUCAUUCUACUUACCAGCUUUAUUUUUGGCAUUUAUGGAGAAAUCUUAACAUACCAGUCAUUGUCAAAAACAACUUACUGUGUUAAGUGUGGUUGUGGAAAAGUCAUUUUACUUUGUGAACUCAUCUCUUGUAUAAAUUUAUGUUUUACAAUGCACAGCUAAAUAAUGCUUCACUCUAAAUUGUUGUUGAUUAAUUAGUGAAAUUGCACAGUGAAAUUUGUAUUAUGUCAGGUGACAACUUGAUUGUCAUCGUUCAUGAGAGUGGCAGACCAGACAUGUACAGCAAGAUAUUUGUAGAAUUGUGAUUAUAAAAAAAAAAACAUCAUCAUUGUUAAUUUAGAAUAAAAUGCUUGUGUUGAACUCUGGAUUUAGUGAAGGGUCUUGCAGUGUGCUUUAUAUCACUUUUUAAAAUAAAUAUUGUUUGCUACAAAACAUUUCAGUUUGAUCAUUUCUGUCAAAAUGUUGAAAGUAUUGUGAAAGAUGGUUACUUGUAAAGUGCCAAAAACAUUGAAGUGUUUUUUGUAUUUAAACUUUGGCAUUGUAUUUAUGUUUCUAUAUAUUUACCUGGAUCCUUAAAUUUAAAGUAUUGAAUUUAGAACAGUCUUAUCAGGCUUAUACAUUGUCAAAACUUAAGAUUGAAGUCAACAUUCAUUAAUAUAUGAUCAUAACACAACUUUUUCAUCCUUGGGGGUUGAUUUGCGUUGAAUCUUGAUAACCAUCUUUAACACUUUUAGUAGUGGUAAGUCUAGUCAAAAUAUAAUAUAGUGUUACAUAUGGCCAAUCUUUAAUUAUAAAACCAGUUAAUUAUGUGCAUAAGAAUGAAUACAGGUCAUUAGUGAAAGUAGUUAUGUUCCAUUUCAUAAUCUUAACUUUGUCUUGGUCUUCUAAAGUAAACUGUUAGGUUGGAUUAUUUGUGAUAUUUUAUUAAAUUGUUACUUCUUGAAUCAACAGAAUUUAAAAUAUUACUCGUAGUGUUAAGCACUAGUGAAUAACUAAAACUUAGUGUCACUUUAGAUUUUUCUUUUAUUGAAGACAUUUAACUAUAUAUAAAAACAAAGAAGGACCAAUAUUGUAUGUUAAUUUCUUUCUCUGAUAGUUUGCUAAUAUGAAGAAAGAUUGUAAAGCAGAAGCAUUAUCAGUUAUAUGCCAUUUUACUGGAACAAGAUGUUUUUAUUGAGCAACAUAAUUUUUAAAUAUGGCAUUACUGUCUGUUGUUACUGGUCAGUAAUCAGUAUGAAUGAAUAUUAGCAAACAGUAUGUGUCAAGGAAGAGCUUUGCAUAAGAAAAAGGAGCUAAACUUUAAGCUUGUCACUGACCGUCCAAGUUUGUAAAACUUACUGUAUUGUUUUUAUACUUGUCAAGCUUCUUUAUCAAAUGCAAAGCUUUUGCUCCCUUAAAUAAUCACUGUAAUUAUGUAUCAUAAAACAUUGAGCAUCAUGUUGACUCAGUGUGGAUGAGUGUUUCAUUGACAAAUAUUAGUAGAAGAUGAAGCUGUAUUUAUAUCAUUUCAAGCAUUUUUUUCUUUAGCCAAAAAUAUAUUUAUAAAUAUUUUAAUGAAUGCUUCAUUUAAAUUUCUGUGAUCUGUAUUCUGUGUUUUAUAUUUAAGAAGUGAUGUAAUGUAGUGUUGGAAUUGAACUUUAAUGAUUUCAGUUUUAAAAAAGUAGGAAUAUAUAGGAGAAGAAGCCGAUGUCAAAAAAUGUGGCCAUAA